AUGGACGACGAAUUUGCUGCGGGAGAUCUGUUCCAGGAUCCCGAAGGGUACUAUCCUGAAGAUGCUCCGCCCACAUUUGCCGAGCAUUGCAUGCUAUCGGGCCAGAUAGUGCGCGUCCGUCUUGUGGGCGACCACCCCCUCUAUGGAAAUCUACUAUGGAAUGCUGGCCGAACCAGCUCCCAUUACAUUGAGGAGCACUCCGAGGAUCUCAUCCGAAACAAGGAUGUCCUUGAGAUCGGUGCCGCAGCAGGCGUUCCCAGCAUCGUGAGCGCCAUUCAGGGUGCCCGGACGGUGGUAUUGACCGACUAUCCAGACCCAGACCUAGUUGAAAACAUGAAGUACAAUGCAGAGUUGUCAGCCAACGCCAUUCCUGCGAGGGAAGAUGGAAAGCCCCGCCUUCACGUCGAUGGCUACAAAUGGGGCAGUGAUCAGACUUUGAAGAAGGACCCAAACUCUGUUGCUCUGGUCAUUUUCACCCCCUACCAGCCCUGGUUGUUGCCCAAGACCGAACAGUUCUUCCCGUUGGCCGAGGCGAGCGGUUUCACCGUCACCAAGAUCUUUGAGAAAGUGGUGGAUGCGGUGCUGUUUGAGGAAGACCCUGGCGACGAAAGGCUCCGAAGAACCGUGUUUGGAUAUGAGAUCCGAUGGGCGCAGGAUCAAUUGGAUUCAUCCAAAGCCGUUUGA